AUGCCAAGAAAAGGACUAAAGCCAGAACUAAAUAUUCCGGCCAAUGAAGUUCCCAAAGAAAGCACAGCGCGGUCCAGGAAAAGAAAAGCAGAUGUUGCUAUUCACCUGCAAGAUCCAGACGAGGAAGUCACAGAGAUGACAAGAAAGAGACAAUGUGCAUCUCAGGCGUGCUGGAAUCCAGACACAGGUUACACAAGCCCAUGCAGGCGGAUCCCUACGCCUGAUGAAGUCGAGGAACCAGUUAUCAUAAGUGACGUUGGAUUCUCCACGUUUACCUCAAUCAUUUAUGCCACCCCAACUAGAUCCUCCCCUCUCCCAACCUUGUGUUGGGCAAGUAAGGAUGAUGUGUGGAACAACUUGCUUAAGAAGGACAAAGCUUAUCAUCGAAAUACUCGUGUCAUGGAACGACACCCAAACUUACAGCCGAAAAUGAGAGCCAUUCUCCUGGAUUGGCUUGUGGAGGUAUGUGAGGUUUAUAAGCUGCACAGAGAAACAUUCUACCUGGCCCAAGAUUACUUUGACCGCUUCAUGGCCACACAACAGAAUGUCGUUAAAACAACGUUGCAGUUAAUUGGCAUUUCUGCACUUUUUGUGGCUGCCAAAAUGGAGGAAAUCUACCCUCCUAAAGUGCACCAGUUUGCCUACGUAACGGACGGUGCCUGCAAUGAGGAUGAGAUUCUCAGUAUGGAGAUAAUAAUUAUGAAGGAGCUGAACUGGAGUUUAAGUCCUCUGACCCCUGUCUCCUGGCUGAAUAUCUAUAUGCAGGUGGCCUACCUUAGGGAAUGCAAUGAGGUUCUCAUUCCCCAGUAUCCACAAACCACAUUUGUCCAGAUCACAGAGCUGUUGGAUCUGUGCAUCUUGGAUAUUAAAAGUCUGGAGUUCUCCUACAGUCUGCUGGCAGCCUCUGCUCUGUUUCACUUCUCUUCACUGGAGCUGGUGAUGAAAGUCUCAGGGCUUAAAUGGGAUGAUUUGGAGGAGUGUGUGAGGUGGAUGGUGCCAUUUGCCAUGUCUAUCAGGGAAGCAGGAGGUUCAUCUCUCAAGGCCUUUAAGGGAAUCCCAGCUGAGAGUGCCCACAAUAUCCAAACCCAUGCACCCUACCUGGACUGGCUGAGGAGAGUUUAUUCCUAUCAGCUGGUAGAUGUGGAACAAAGCCAAAGGUCUCCAGUUCCUUCAGGGGUGCUUACGCCACCACCUAGCAGUGAGAAACCAGAGGCCAGCAUUUCCUAA